AUUUGAGGACGUCAAAAAUGGAGUUGCUGUUUUUUGACCUCUUUUGAUUGAUUAAUAGAUUAUUAUUAUUUACUUAUUAAUUUUCUUUCUGUCUCCUUCUCAACUCGUCAUAAAGAGAACGAAGAGCCCAUCUUCUCUCUCCCCUGAGUUAACGAUUUUCUGGGGUUACUGCUGUUUAGGUGUGUACUCAAUCCCAGAUUUCAUUCAUCUGUUUGUGUAAUCUCUCAUUGUGAUUGAGCUGAAGUUUUUGAGAUUUGAGGAUAUGUUGGGGUUCUUCAAUUAUCUAUGAUUUGUCCAAGAUCGAAGCAUCUCUGUGGACUUUGAAGGGAAUCGGCAGGUAGAAGGAAGCUUCUACGGCUUUAAAGUUUCAUGCUUGGGCAACCUUCUACUAUCUCAAGCAUCCUCAGGUCACUCUGAAGCUCCCUUGAUGGUGGCUUAAACAACUCAAUCACAUGUGAAGGAACGUUAUAUUCAGGUACCUUUAUCAUUUUGGCCCCUUGUCGAAGACAGCUCUAAUAGUUAUAAGAACUAAUCAUUGAUUGUUUAAGACUUUAAGGCCUCAUCAAAUUUUAUCUGCUGACAAGUUACGGCGAGAGGGACCACAAGUCCAGAGCAAUAGAGGAAGAACUCCUUACCUAAAAAUCCAAAUCAGAGGAGAGAUUUGCUGUUGCAACUUCAUUAUUAAUUUCAAUAUAACUCUAUCACUAUAGGCUGCAAUAACAUCCAUGUCUGCCUUGGUAUUUACACCCCACAUUCACACAUUCACUGCAAUAACAUCCAGACUCCAGCCCAAACCAAAACAAAGAAUCAAGACUAGUGUUGCACUCACGAGGAGUCCAAUAAUACAGGCCAGUUUCUCUGACCCCUUUGUUCUUCAACUUGCUGAGACCUUUGAAGACUCCCUCUCUCCCUCUCAAUCUCCGUCUCUCCAGAAACUCAGGGACUCUUCCUCUGAAUCCCUUCUCUCCAUCCCUUGGCCCUCUCGCAAAGAUGAGCCUUUUCGGUUCACAGACACUUCAUUUAUCAAGCAAUCUCAAAUCCAUCCAAUCUCUAAGCCACCAUCCACAGACCACCUAACAAAUGUUUCGAAUGAUACCCAUUCGCCCAAUAUUGUUAUUGUUGAUGGCUUUAUCUUAAAUUCUUUGUCAAAUUCAUCAAAUUUGCCUCAUGGGGUUUAUGUAGGUAGCUUGGUAGAUAACCCUAAAGAUAAAAUUGCCCAAACAUUAACUAAAUUUUCUGAUGAUUUCCAAUGGGGUGAUUUGUUUUGGUCCAUUAAUGGAUUAGGGGCACCCGAUGUGGCUGUGGUUUAUAUUCCUGCAGGGGUUAGAGUAGAGAAUCCAAUCCAUUUGAGUUAUGUUUCAGUUGAGGGAGGAGAGGAGGGAUCUAAUAAGUUGCCAGUUUCAAAUCCAAGGGUGCUUGUGGUGGUGGAGGAAGGAGGAGAGGUUGGGAUAAUUGAGGAGUUCACGAGUAUAGGGAGAAACGAUAAAUGUUAUUGGACAAAUUCAGUUUUGGAAGUGAUGAUUGAAGAAGGAGCAACAGUUAGGCACUCCUAUGUACAGAGCCAAUCCUUAAAUUCUGCCCAUAUCAAGUGGACUUCAGUUCAGCAGAAAUCAACUAGUACCUAUGAGCUUGUGGAGGUAAGCACUGGCGGAAAAUUGAGCAGGCACAAUCUUCAUGUUCAGCAGCUGGGCCCAGAUACGUCAACAGAGUUAUCAACAUUUCAUUUGUCUCUUUGUGGUCAAACACAAGAUCUGCACAGUAGGCUUGUCUUGGAUCAUCCUCGGGCUCACUCUCGACAACUUCACAAGUGCAUUGUUGCUCAUUCACAAGGACAAGCUGUCUUUGAUGGAAACGUAAAGGUCAACAGAUAUGCACAGCAGACUGAUGCUGGACAAUUAACAAGGAGCCUCCUUCUGGAACCACGUGCAACAGUAAAUGUCAAACCCAAUUUGCAAAUUAUAGCUGAUGAUGUGAAGUGCUCCCACGGAGCUGCCAUAAGUGACCUAGAAGAAAGUCAGCUCUUCUAUUUUCAAGCACGCGGUAUUGAUUUGGAGACAGCUAGAAAGGCUCUGGUAUUUUCCUUUGGAGCUGAAGUGAUCGAACGAUGUCCUUAUUCUUUUGUUAGAAAGCGAGUUGAGAAUCAUGUCAAAGAAUUGCUGAGUUCCACUAGUUAAAGAUCCUCACAGCAGCUGGCAGUGGAUGAUCUGUAUGCUUGUGCACAUGAAAAAAAAAAAAAGGAUUAGCAUUGUUUGACUGGGAAAAAGGUUGGAGCCAUCUAAUGGCGGCGAAUUUUUGUAUUUGCAUUUACUAUCUCAUGAUAUUUUAUUUGGUUUUCUGAUUCAUGCAAGGUUGAGGUGGAAAGGGAAUGUGUUCCACUACCAUCAAGUGGUGUAUAUGAUAUUUUUUGACCUUAAUGUAUAAUUGCUAUGGACCUUUUGAACAGAACAGGUAAUAAAAUCAUGAAAAAUCUAGCUUUGUGCUUCA